AUGGCCCCCUCAUCGUCCAAGGUCGGUCAUGGAGUGGCUAAGGCCCUCCGAAUCAACCUGGACGAGCGUCAGGCGCAGAAAGAAGCCAUUACCCGGGGCGAGUCCAUGUACUCGUCCAGCACCGCUGACACAUAUGUCGAAGAAGAACCGCGAACUAUCGAGUGGAUCAGAGAUCUUAUCCCCUCAGGGAGGCAAAUGGGCAUUUACUUCCGCAAUUUGUUCCCCUUUACCCGGUGGAUCGGGCGGUAUAACGCCCAAUGGCUGAUGGGCGACCUGGUCGCCGGCAUCACCGUGGGCGCCGUUGUCGUGCCCCAAAGUAUGGCCUACGCCAAACUCGCCGAAUUGCCUCCGGAAUACGGCCUCUACUCGUCUUUCAUGGGCGUCUUGAUCUACUGGUUCUUUGCCACUUCCAAAGAUAUCACCAUCGGCCCCGUCGCGGUCAUGUCCACCAUCACCGGCAACGUCGUCAACAAGGUGGCCAAGGAGCACCCAGAGGUCCCCGGCCAUGUCGUGGCAUCAGCUUUGGCCAUCAUUGCUGGGGCCAUUGUCUGCUUCAUUGGCUUGAUCCGAUGUGGCUGGAUCGUCGACUUCAUCCCAUUGACUGCCAUCUCGGCCUUCAUGACUGGCUCGGCCAUCAGUAUUGCAGCGGGCCAGGUUCCGACCAUGAUGGGAAUCAAAGUCAAGGGUUUCAACACUCGCGACUCGACGUACAUGGUCAUCAUUAACACCCUCAAAUAUCUCGGCCACACCAAAAUCGAUGCUGCCAUGGGUCUCACCGCGCUUUUCUUGCUGUAUGCCAUCCGCAUCAUCUGCACCCUCCUGGCGAAGAAGUAUCCCAGCCGGGCCAAGAUGUAUUUCUUCAUCUCGACCCUUCGCACUGCCUUUGUCAUUCUGCUGUACACCCUGAUCAGCUGGCUCGUCAAUCGGCACCACCGUGACGACCAUGUUUUUGCCAUCUUGGGAAAGGUGCCUCGUGGAUUCCGACAUGCCGCGGUCCCCACCGUCAACACCGACAUCAUCAGCUACUUCGCCAGUGAACUCCCCGCCUCGGUCAUUGUCCUUCUGAUUGAGCACAUUGCCAUUUCCAAGUCCUUUGGUCGGGUCAACAACUACACCAUUGAUCCCUCGCAGGAACUGGUCGCCAUUGGUGUCACCAAUCUCCUCGGCCCCUUUUUGGGCGGUUACCCUGCAACCGGCUCCUUCUCCAGGACGGCAAUCAAGUCCAAGGCCGGUGUGCGAACUCCAUUUGCCGGUGUCAUCACGGCGAUUGUCGUUUUACUGGCCAUUUAUGCCCUGCCCGCCGUCUUCUACUACAUUCCCAGCGCCUCGCUGGCCGGCGUCAUCAUCCACGCGGUCGGUGAUUUGAUCACCCCUCCCAACACGGUCUACCAAUUCUGGCGUGUGUCACCGCUCGAGGUCAUCAUCUUCUUCGCCGGUGUCUUGGUGACCAUUUUCUCGAGUAUCGAGAACGGCAUCUACACCACCAUCUGUGUGAGCAUCGCGGUGCUGCUGUUCCGCGUGGUCAAAGCUAGGGGCCAUUUCGUCGGUCGAGUCAAGAUCCACUCGGUGAUUGGCGACCACUUGAUGGAGGAUAAAUUCCACGACCAGAAUCACCCGUCAGAUGAAGAUCUGGCAGUCCGCGACAUCUUCCUGCCGUUGGAUCACAAUGACGGGACCAAUCCUGAGAUCAACGUCGAAUCCCCCUACCCGGGCAUCUUCAUCUACCGGUUCAGCGAGGGCUUCAACUAUCCCAACGCCAACCACUACACCGAUUACUUGGUCAAGUUCAUUUUCGAGCAUACCCGACGGACCAAUCCUGAUUCGUGGCCACGACCUGGUGAUCGACCGUGGAACAAUCCUGGUCCCAGGAGAGGCAAGUCGGAGCCCGAUCGAUCCAACCUUCCUACACUCAAAGCCAUCAUCCUCGACUUCUCGUCCGUCAACAAUGUCGACGUCACCAGCGUCCAGAAUCUCAUUGAUGUGCGUAACCAACUCGAUCGAUAUGCUGCUCCGGAUGUCGUGCAAUGGCAUUUGGCUUGCAUCAACAACCGCUGGACCAAGCGUGCUUUGGCCUCGGCCGGAUUUGGCUAUCCCACUACUCCCAACCCGGAGUACAGCCGAUGGAAACCCAUCUUUAGCGUUGCGGAGAUUGGCGGUUCGGGGUCUGCGGCCUCUGCUGCUGAACAAGACGCCAACCGGAGGUUGUCAAAGCAAGUCCGGGAUGAAGAGAAAGGUGGCAUUCGCCGGGAUAGCGUUACGAAUGUCGACAAGACGGACGAUAUCUCCCACGAUCGUUACAAGGAUGACUCAGCCACCAGUUCCAGCAAUGGCCAUGACCUUCACCGUGAAAUCAGCACUAGCAAGGCUUACAACAGGCAAACGACCAAGAAGGUGGUGGUGCAUGGCUUAAACAGGCCAUUCUUCCACCUUGACUUAACCAUUGCGCUGCAAGCCGCCAUUGCCAACGUCGAGCAUCAAGAACAGCUGAAGAAAGCAGGCGAAGCUGGUCAAGGUGGCGACUAUCCUGUCGGCAAGGAGUUGUAA